CGGCCUCUAUUCGGAGCGCCGCUCGGCCGGUCGGGGGCGGGACGGACGCGCGUGCAGCCAAUCGGCAGCAGGGGUGGGCCCGGGCGCUGCGAGCUCACUGAAGGCUGGUGCACCGAGCCUCUAGCGAACGGCGAGCGCGGGACGGUCGCUGGGCGGAGAGCGGCGGCGAUGGCGACCGCGAUGGCAGCGACGGCGGCGGAGCGAGCGGUGCUGGAGGAGGAGUUCCGCUGGCUGCUGCACGACGAGGUGCACGCCGUGCUCAGGCAGCUGCAAGACAUCCUCAAGGAGGCCUCUCUCCGCUUCACCCUGCCCUGCUCUGGCACCGGCACGGAGGGUCCUGCCAGGCAGGAGAACUUCAUCCUUGGCAGCUGUAGCACAGACCAGGUGAAAGGCGUGCUGACUCUGCAAGGGGACGCGCUGAGCCAGGCGGACGUGAACCUGAAGAUACCCCGGAACAACCAGCUGCUGCAUUUCGCCUUCCGGGAGGACAAGCAGUGGAAGCUGCAGCAGAUCCAGGAUGCCAGGAACCAUGUAAGCCAAGCCAUCUACCUCCUUGCGAACCGGGAUGAAAGCUACCAGUUCAGGACGGGAGCAGAGGUCCUCAAGCUGAUGGACGCGGUGAUGCUGCAGCUGACCAGAGCCCGCAACCGGCUCACCACCCCGGCUACCCUUACUCUGCCUGAGAUUGCUGCCAGUGGCCUCACGCGGAUGUUUGCCCCUGCCCUGCCCUCCGACCUGCUGGUCAACGUCUACAUCAACCUCAACAAGCUCUGCCUCACCGUGUACCAGCUGCACGCCCUGCAGCCCAGCUCCACCAAGAACUUCCGCCCAGCUGGAGGCGCCGUGCUCCACAGCCCUGGGGCCAUGUUCGAGUGGGGCUCCCAGCGUCUGGAGGUGAGCCACGUGCACAAGGUGGAGUGUGUGGUCCCAUGGCUCAACGAUGCCCUGGUCUUCUUCACUGUCUCCCUGCAGCUCUGCCAGCAGCUCAAGGAUAAGAUCUCCGUGUUCUCCAGCUACUGGAGCUACAGGUCUUUCUGAACGGAACCCCCAGGAGCCUGUCCGCCGGGGAUGUGGCCCUUGUCCCCCGCACCUGUCCCCCCAGGAGUGUCGGCCCAAGCUGGGCAGCGCGGGCUGUUUAUUUUCCUCUUAACCCCAUCCUGCCCUUCAUAUUUGCACAGAUGGAAAUGAACACUGGAACCACUGACAGGAGGGGACAGCAGUUUGCUUUUCAUUUUGUGAAGGGGGGCGGUGAGGAAGGCAGAGCUGAGAUGUGGCCCACAUUCCAAACCCUCCUUCCCUCCCUAUGGGUAGGAACCUUUGGACUCUGGGUGGGGCCAAGCCCAGGGCUCUCCUUCCGCCUCCUUUGCCUGCCUUCUGAGCUGCCCCAACUGGUGAAGGGUAUGAAGGGUGGCCGGUGGCCACACACACCUCCCCUCCACGGAGGGUGAAGGGUGGGUGGCGGCCCUAAGCUGUGAAUUAAGAGAGCCAACGGAAGCCGCAAGGUGUGGUGCCCUAGAAUGUGUUGCUCAGCAUCCCUGACGAGGCGUCUGGGAAAUAAAGCUCAUCUGACUUUA